UCCACCUUUCUCAUACUUUCAUGGACAGCAUUGAGAGCUGAAACAUGCCAUCUGAUCAGUCUCAAAAUCAAUGUGAAAAACUUAUAUCUGUACCUGCUGAAACAGAAGCUUUUCAUGAGGCUGGAGAGGAAAGAAGAAUGAAGCUUCCAAAAGGAGCUAAUGAUGUUCAAAGCAGGUUCCUUGGGGUGAGGCAAAGGCCCUCAGGAAGAUGGGUUGCUGAAAUCAAGGACUCCUCACAUAAGCUUAGGCUAUGGUUAGGGACUUUUGAUAGUGCAGAAGAGGCUGCCUUCGCUUAUGAUAGCGCUGCUCGGAUUCUGAGAGGAAGAAAUGCUAAGACCAACUUCUCCUACCAUGGGAUCACGAAUACUUACCAAGAAAAUUGCAGAUUACUAGGAAAAAACCCAAAGCUCUAUCAUCUCCUUCGGCAUACCAUCAUGAAGAACCAUGCAAGAUCCUCAUCUCUAUACUCUGUGAAUACUCCAUCGAAUGAUCCAAAUAGAGGAAAUGAAGGUGAAUCUCUGGAUUCCAAUACACUUGUUGAAGAAACUAUAGUUUGUUCUUCGAGUUCAGAAGAUGAGCUGGGGUGUUAUGGCUUUCAAAAUAGAGAUAACCUUGGCGAAAUCUCCUUUGGUAGUUCUAAGGUUUAUUCUUCUGUUAUUGUAGCUCCUUCCUUUAGUGGUUCUCUCUGCCAAGGAGGAGAAGAAAACAGUUGUCAAGAGGCAGAAUCACUUUGAAUUUCUGUGUUAAUGCAAGAGAAGAGGUAGCUAGUUUUUCUUGUAGAACUAUGUUCCUUAUUUCCUAGCUUGGAAACCUGUAAUUUUAGCUGAAGUGCUGUUCCUUUUUAACCACUGAUAAUCUAAAGUCUAAAUCACAUAGGACUGUGUUCUUUUU